UUGUAGUUUGUAGUUCUGCAUCCUGCGGUACUGCGCCACAGCCGCCAAUUGACGUCCGGCGUUCAGCUUGGUACUCGACCUUAUCAACGCCAAAUGUGCAUAUGCCAAUUGAACUCGACCGUGGAAAAAUGCAGUAGCGUCAGAAAAGGAUUUGAUCCGAUUGGUUGGCGUUGAUUUUUUCACUCAAAAGACCGGCUCGAAAUUUAUUUGUCAGGAUGAACACCCCGAGUAAUAAGAGAGGGCACAACGUGAUGCCCGAGGAACAACUACUCCUCACAGAUCAUUCAAAGGCUAAUAUAAUAAACACAUCUGCCAAUGGUAAAAUAGGUGAAAAACAGGCUUUUCUUGCGCCCGAGCCGGUCAGACUCACUCCAGCCUGGGAGGAGACGAAUCUAACCAACGAUGAGCUGAAUUUCAAAGGGGUCACAAUGGAGCAGGCCCAGCUCGAGACAAAUCCUCCCAAAGAUCGGUUUAAUAUUGUUUAUUUGAUUUUACUACUUCAUGGGAUUGGGACACUCCUACCAUGGAAUAUGUACAUAAAUGCAAAAAAUUACUUCGUUGAAUAUAAGUUGAGCUAUGAAUAUACAGGGGAGAAUACGACGUAUGCGGGGAAUUUCCUCCCUUAUGUCGGAAUCGCUGCUCAAGGGCCGAACCUUAUCGUGAACUGGUUGAAUGUGUUCAUACAAAUUGGAGGAAAACUUACUACGAGAAUUGUAUGGAGUAUUGUCGUCGAAGUUAUCGCAUUUAUCGUGACUGUCGUUUUCGCCAUGAUCGACACUUCAUCAUGGGUCGGCAUUUUCUUUUGGAGUACGAUGGGAAUCGUAGUCGUACUGAACAUGGCGAACGGUAUUUACCAGAACACGUUUUACGGUCUGGCGGCUAAGCUGCCUCCAAAGUACACAGGCGUAAUUGUUUUAGGCUCGAAUGUCAGCGGCACUUUGUCUUCGGUCAUGAGUAUAAUAUCGAUCGCGAUCGCUCCGAACGCAAAAACAGCCGCGAUGUAUUAUUUCAUUUGCGCACUUUUCAUCCUGUCCCUUUGUUUCGAUACAUAUUUCGCUCUUCCUCUAAACCGUUUUUAUAAAUAUCAUGAGCUGAUGAGUCAGAAAGAGAUCCAGAAGCGGCUUAAGGACAACUCGAACAAAACAGAGAGUAUCCCUUACUGGAAAAUAUUCAAACAGGCGUAUCCCCAGUGCCUGAAUGUUUUUUUGGUCUUCUUCUUGACCCUCGCUCUAUUCCCGACUGUUGAUUCAGAUGUUAAAAAAUCUGACCCGGAUUUUAUUAUUCCGGAUAAGUAUUAUGUCGAUGUUAUGUGCUUUUUGACGUUCAAUUUUUCUGCCAUGGUCGGGAGUUUCUUGCCGAGGUUCGGCUGUUGGCCAGGACCGAAACGACUUUGGAUUCCAGUUGUUUUGAGAUACAUGUUGAUCCCAUUGUUCCUAUUGUGCAACUACCGCCCGCUUGGUGUGGAAAGGAGCAUUCCCGUGGUUAUAAAUAACGACUGGGCUUAUUUGUCACUAGGUAUUAUUUUGGGAAUAUCCAACGGUUACUUUUCUGCAGUUGCAAUGAUGUAUUGCCCAGGGUCUGUAGGCGCAGAACAUUCUUAUGUGGCAAGCAUGUUCGGCGCUGCGAGUCUCAUAACUGGCAUCGCCUCGGGGAUCGUUGCAAGUAUGGUUUUCCCAUGGAUCGUGAGCAACAUAACCAUACCAAGUUUUUAAUUUUUCUUACGAUUUAAAAACCAACCUUCGUACUUCCACAAUGCUAAACAAUGGGAUUCCAUUUCUUCUGUGGCCUUUCCUUUUUAUCGAAGCAAUUUAAUUUUAUUGUCUACUCCUUUUUAUUGUUAUUAUUUUUUUUUUUUUUUUUUUUAUAAAGGUAAAACAAACAGGGUUUUUUAAUAUGGUAAGACAGGAGUUUAAGCCUUCUACCUUAAGCUAUGUUUUCAGAUCUGUAAAUGUCCUUUUUUUUAUGGUAAAAUCAGAUAGUUUUUUUUUUUUAAUGUUUUAUAGAUAAUAAGAUAGUAUUGCUAAACACUCUUUGAUAGUAUUCCUCACUGAAAUACUUAACAAAGGUUCAAACAAGUCGACUGAAAAUUUGUGUGAUUUAUAUUUUAUGUACACUAGUUGAACAUGAAAAUUUUCACCACACGUGAGUGUUUAUAAGUUUAUAAAAUUACAUUUAUAUAUUAUGACAAAAUAAUCUUUGAAUUCAUCCAUUUCUCAAGUAAAGAAGUAGAAAAAUAACCUAAAUAUUUUUUUAAAAAGUUAAUAAAUUGACAAUAAUUGAUUGAGUCCUCAUUAGCUUUUUAUUACUUUUUUUUUUUUUUAAUUUUUAAGGUAAACUGUUGUGAUAAAUGUUGUUGAUGUGAUAUUAAAGCGGGCGAACCUCAACACUUUUAACACAUUCAACUGUUAUUUUAUACAAUAGAAGUUAUGACUGUAUUUUUUUUUUUUUUCAAAUAUGAAUGCCAGUUUUUGCAACUAGUCUUGUUAUGUUGAAGAGGGAUUUAUUUAAGGAAUUGUGGUAAUUUUUGUAUGCCGCUCGUUUUUAUAAUUAAGCCGGUAUCGAUUGAAAAUAUUAAAAGGAAUGAGUCAGAAUUGAAACUUUUAAAUAAUGCUAUGUUUAAAAAAAAAUCUAAACCUUACAAUUCAUACUCAUUAUGAAUCAUUAUCCCUUUUUUUUCUUACUAUGGAUAAGAACUGGAGGAGUUCCUUCUGAGCUCUGCAGAUGUAUACUACAGCUCAUUGUUCUACAUUCUUGGCUCCAAUUUUUUUUUUUUUUGGGGGGGGGGGGCUUGCAAUACACGUCACGUGUGCCUUUGAGCCCCUCAGUGUGCAGCAUUCUUCCAUCAAAGAGACUCAUUUUUCAAGGGGGUUGGGACCAAAUUCAGGGUCGCUCAGGUCCGAUCCCGCCCCAGACCUGAUGAGUGCCACGCCACUUUCUUUCAAUUGCGGCCACCAUCAUCUUAGGCAUUAAAAAAAAGUCCAGAUCAGUGG